AUGCUUUUCAAUAAUAAAAUAAUUAUUUUUAAAAUAUUAUUUUUAAGCAUUUUUCAUCCAGCCAUGACGGGAUCUGAUUCAAUGAAUUCAUUUCCGUCCGUAUUAACAGACACAAGAAGUUCAAUUAAAAGUAGAUGCCUUCUUAAUUUGGAUCCUGGAACUUGUCAAAGUUAUGUUCACAAAUGGUAUUUUGAUUCGGAUCUUCAAAAAUGUAAUACUUUUGUUUUUGGUGGGUGCGGGGGAAAUGAAAAUCGAUUCGAUACGGAAUAUGAAUGCCUUCGAACAUGUUUGGAAACAACAGACGAUUUUUCUAAUUUUUUAAAACCAAAUGAUAAACACGAUUAUUCGACUCAUACGACAACAACGCCAGCAUCAGGGCUGCCAAAACUUAGUUAUGAUAAAAAAAAAAAUUCUCAAGUACCUGUCUGUGAACAAUCUCCCGAUUCCGGAAGUUGUCAAAGUUUUGUUCAUAAAUGGUUUUUUAAUGAAGAAACAAAAAAUUGUGAAACUUUUGUUUACGGAGGUUGUGAAGGAAAUGAAAACCGUUUCGACAGUGAACUUGAAUGUCGUCACAAAUGUCUUAACAAUAAUGUCGAUUUGCCACCAUUCGUACAAAAGAAAAUAGAACAAGAAGAUGUAAGGAAACAUAAUAAAACUUUUAAUGAAGAGGCAACGCCAACAUUUACAACAACUACUACCCAAGCAUCUCAAGUAAAAUUUUUAAAACAUCACAGCGUUUGUGAAUUAGAUGUUGAUUAUGGAAGUUGUCAAAGCUACGUACACAAAUGGUAUUACAAUAAGAUAAAAAACACAUGUGAUACUUUUGUUUUCGGAGGUUGUAAAGGAAAUGGAAAUCGUUUUGAUAGCAGAGACGAAUGUGUAAAUACAUGUGUUGGCACAAAAGAUAUAUGUAAUUUAAAACCUUACAAAGGAACUUGCAAAAAUUUUAUGCAUAAAUGGUAUUUUGAUUCCUCGGAAGGAGAUUGCCGAACUUUUAUUUAUGGAGGAUGCUUGGGCAAUGCUAAUCGCUUUGAUUCUAGAGCUGAAUGCAUGCAUGUAUGUGUCGGAGGCCACGAAUAUACUUUACCUCCGUACCUUCGAAAUAAACUCAAACGUCCAUUUAGUGAUCAAUGGGUGGAUGGAAAAUGGGUGAAAAUUGGACCUACAAAACCUUCACUACCAGUGUCGAAAAGAGGUGAAGAAUUAACCUUUCGGGACACAGGAUAUUUGAAAACUUUUAUGUUUGCACGAAACAAUGCGUUCAUUCAAUUGGACAGCAAUCAGAUUCCAACUUUCCAAUUACGAUUAUGCAGAGAAAUUUCUUUUCAAUUUCGAACGAAAUUACCCCACGGUUUACUAGUGUAUCACAGUAUUAAAGAUAGGCCUGAAGGACUCAAUCCCUAUGCUUUGUAUGUGAUUGUAGAAAAAGGACAAUUAAAAGUUGUUCACGUUUUUGGGGAACAUUCAACUUCUGUUAUUGUCGGCGAAGGACUUAAUAGAGAUAUUUGGCAAAACGUAACCGUUCGGAUAGAUGUUCACAAUGCAAGAUUAGUUGCCAAAGUAAAUGAUAAAAUCGCAGAAACAAACAUUCAGGGGCUUCAUCCAUAUCAUAAUUAUGGCGUGACAUCAGAUUUGACAUCUGUGGUUCUUAUUGGUGGUCUUAGCCCGGAGGAAAAACUUCACGGUGUUAAAUACAUAAUAGAAAGUUUUGUUGGUUGUAUAAAAAAUGUGGUUUUGAGGGCUGGUAAAGCAGCUUUGGAACUGCUACCGAUAACUCCGUUAAUAGCCACAAAACACGAAAACGUUCGGGAAGGUUGCAUUGAUAAGUGCAGAACCAGAGCCAAUUUAUGCUUUGUUGGUAGCAGAUGUGUAAAUCAUUACAAUGACUUAACCUGUGAUUGUUUCGGUACUCAAUACGAAGGAGAACAUUGUGACGUGUAUACUGCAACCGUACUUACUUUAAGAGGAUCAUCUUACGUUUCCUACCGUGUCUACGACUGGAAAGAUAGAGUACAUUCUAAAGUCAAUAGAAUCAGUUUAUUUUUUAAGACCCGUUAUGACGAUUCCGCCUUGUUUUACGCGAGUGGAGAAUAUGGCGAUAAGCCGCAUCAUAUAGCUGCUUCAAUAAAAAAUGGUUCAGUGAUUCUCGAUAUUGACUUUGGAGAUGGUCCUAUUGUUUCCGUUUUAGGAAGAGAAGUUUAUAAAAAUUAUUGGAACAAUUUGACAAUAUUUCAUAAUGGUUUAGAAGUUUUGGUUUCUUUAAACGAUGAAGUAAAAUUAUUGGACGCCCCUGGUAGUUUGCAUCAUUUAUACAUUGAUCCUGAGAUUUAUAUAGGAGGCGGUCCAGAACUGUCAAAAAAAAAAGGACUGGUUUCUAACAAUAACUUUGCCGGAUCUCUUAAAUAUGUUUUUUUCAAUGAAAUAUCAAUCAUAUACGAAUUAAAAAAAGGUAAUCCAAAGGUUCAUUACAUAGGAAUGUUGGAUCCAGAAUUUUACGACACAGAUGUAGAAGUGAUACCGAUAACUUUUCCCUUUCCAACCUCACACAUGUGGUGGGAAAAUCGAAGAACCGAUAGUUUGAAUAUUUCUUUUGAUUUCAAAAGCGCACGUAGUAUGGGCGUGUUGGCGUAUUGCGACGUGUCGACCGCCAAUGGCCAUGGUUACUGGCUACUUAGAGUUGUUAACGAUGAAGUUAGAUUUGAAUUGGUACCCGAUUUAUCAAAAAACAUAACUCAUUUAACAACCGUAAAAUUUGAUUCAAGAGGAUCUUGGCAUGUUGUUGCACUAUCCUAUUACAAAGGUGACCUAAAACUCAACGUAGAUUUUAAACAAAAAGAAAGCCAACUAUACAGCAUGCGAUUUCAAUUAGGAGACAAAAUUGUUAUCGGAAGUGGUGGGAAAAGUAAUAUUGGUCUUGUGGGUUGUAUGAGGCUUAUUUACGUAAAUGGAGAAUUUGUCGAACCGCGAUACGUUGUUAGAACUAAACAUGCAGUAGGUGAUGUUUCUUUAGACAAUUGUCAACUGGUAGAUCCUUGUAAGAGACCCGAUGCAUGCGAACAUGGAGGAAAAUGCUCUAUAGAUGUCGAUCGGGUUGUUUGCGAUUGCGUUGGAACUGGAUACAUUGGCAAAAAUUGUCAUUUUGCUGAAUUUAGAAAAACCUGCGAAGAAUUAGCAUUAUUGGGGUAUACCAAGCCUGAUGUUUAUCUGAUUGACAUUGACGGAAACGGAAGAUUUCCUCCUGCUCAUGUAAAAUGCGAAUUCCCAUCAACUGAAGAUUCAACAAAAACUAUUGUUGAACAUAAUUUGCCAAGUCAAGUAGAUGUGAGAAGUUCAGCUGAAUCGGAUUUUAGUUUUAGCAUCAAAUAUCGAGAAUUUUCAGCUGAAAUGCUUCAAGAACUUAUUUCACACUCUUUAUAUUGUAGUCAACACAUUAAAUAUGACUGUUACAAAGCUCCUUUGGACCUUCAUUCAGCAACAUGGUUUGUGUCAUCAGCUAAAAAUGAAACAGUUGAUUACAUUGGAAAUGUCAAAAGAGGAUCGUGUCCUUGCGGAGUAAACAGAACUUGUGUGAAUCCCCUACAGUCAUGCAAUUGCGAUGAUAUUUCCGAAGCUAAAUGGCACUCAGAUGAAGGGUAUUAUAUGGCACCAAGCAGUCUAGGAAUUACUCAAAUGGUAUUUUUACAACAAAAAGAUUUAGCUGUGGAUGCUUUGGGAAGAAUCACUCUUGGUCCUUUAGAAUGUGUUGAAACAAAUACCCAAAAAUAUGUAGUCACAUUUACAACUAGUCAAUCUUACAUUGAAGUUCCUGGAUGGAGAAAAGGUGAUAUAGCUUUUAGCUUUCGUACAACUGGAGAAAAAGCAAUUUUAUUAUAUCAGCCUCCAAUUAGGCCUCAUUAUCCAAGCUUUAUGGUUGCAUUGACAAACGAUUUUCAAUUGACAUUUAAUUUCACUCUAAAUACGGGAAGAUCCCGAGAAUUAGAAAUAAAGUCUAGAAGAAAAUUAAACGGUGGAGAAUGGCAAAAAAUUUGGAUUGAUUAUAAUGAACAUCACGUUCGAUUUAUGAUAAAUACGGAUUAUCAAAUGGUAGAUUUAUUACCCGAAGAAGAAUUUGGACCUUUUGAAGGAAGCAUGUUUAUCGGAGGGGCAACGCAAGAUUUACUACGAAAAAGCUCAGUUACGCAAGGAUUAAUAGGAUGUUUCAGAGGUCUGGUAGUCAAUGGAGAAAUUUUAGAUAUUUAUUCUUACAUGAGUGUUCAUUUAUCAGAAAUUAUUAAAGAUUGUAAACCAACUUGUGAUCCGAAUCCUUGUAAAAAUGGCGCCAAAUGCAAGGAACUUUGGAGUAAAUAUGAAUGUGUAUGCGAAAAUCCUUGGGCACACAUGGGAGAACAUUGCGAAACCAAUAUAAAUAAAAAAGCUUUAACUUUUCUAAGAGAGGAAUCUUACGUGAAAAAAAAUUACAUUCAAAAUAUACCCACGGAAGUUCACGACGUGUUGAAAAAUUUAACGAGUCAAAAUAUAUUAAUUAAUUUAAGAACAUAUGAUCAAAAUUCAUUGAUUUUAUACAUAAAUGAUCACCUGAAUAAUUUCAUUCAUUUAUACAUAGAAAGUGGAGAAAAUGUAGUUUUUAAAUUUAACGAUGGGAAUUCAAUAAAAACUUUAGUUAUCGAAUAUCCAGGGAUAAGCAGCGGGAAAUCGGUACAAGUUGCCGUAAUAAGAAACGAAACUUUUACAACUCUUCAUGUAAACGAUCGAAAUGCAACCGUCGAAUCCAGUCAUCGACCACUCACGGUUUAUUCAAAUAGGCCGUGGUUAAAUCCGGAAAAAGAAAUUUUGGUUCCCCAAAGACCACCCGCUCCCCCAGUUAAUUAUUAUCAAAUAAAUUUAGGUGGUUACGAUCCAUUGACAUUAAUUUCAUCGAAAUUUACUAAAUUAAAGGGGUACGUAGGUUGCAUACGAGGACUUCAAAUCGGAAAUUACCUCGUCGACUUGGAUAACUUAAUAACGGAAACGUCUAACAGUGGUAUUGGAGAUAUAGUCUCCGGAUGCCGAAUGAAAUGUGAUGAAGAACCUUGUAAACAUCAAGGUAUAUGUAUGGAAGAUUUUGAAAAAGGAGAAAGUUCGUGUAACUGUGAGCAUACGUCGUACAUUGGUGAAUUUUGUAAUGAAGAAAAAGGAGCGGAUUUCGGUGGAGAAUCUCUUCUUCAAAGACAAUUUGUAUUAACUGACGAUGUGUCUUCAAUAAAAGUACAAUUGGCAUUUUCAAGCAGUGACUCUCGUCAACGAAAUACAGUUUUAUUAAUUGUUCAAACCGAAGAAAAAAGUUACUACCUACUAGUCGGUUUAACCGGUGAAGGACAAUUAAUAUUUGAAGAGGGAAGAGGCGGAAGCGUUCAUGGCGUGACAAUAACUGACAGGAAUUUUCUUAAUGGCGCUCGUCACGCCGUGUAUUAUCAAAGAAAAGAAAAUGAAACAUUGUUAUUGAUUGAUCGAGAACCCGUUUCUUUAGAAAUUAUUUCUAUGGUAAGUAGAACGGAGAACAGCGAGCACCACAACAGCGUUAAUGAAGUUCAAAUCGGAGGUUUGAAUACGACGGAUCCGAGAUUUGCAUCUUAUAAAAGUUACAGCGGAUGCUUGGCUAACAUUUUAGUGGAUGUAAAUGGACAAGAAAUGAAACCUUUAGAGGAGUACAUGUUGUUUACAAAAACGGGAAGUGAAAAAGUUUUAGUUGCAAAUUCUCAAGGGAUAAGAACUGCGCAAUGUGCCGCUUUUGAUGUUAUUAAUAAGCCACGUCCAGGACCGUCGCUGAACAUAAGUUUGGGAACCGAUAAAGCUUGGGUGGAAGAUCCACCGGCGAGAAUCCCAUACAAAUCCUUAUAUUCGGAAGGUUCAACAAGAGAAGAAGGAGCUGGAAAGGCCAUUUACGAACUUUGGAGAACGGAUCGAAAAUAUCGAAAGAAAAAAGAAUUGGCGAAAAAUGCUCAAAGAUUAUGGAAUCCGAAUCAACACGUUUCCUAUUCGAAACCUGGAGUCAAAGUUGUUUCUUUUUCAAAGGUAAAACAAAAAAAACGAUAA